CUCCAAUGCAACUUUUGCAGAAAUCUCCCCCGACGCACACACAGACAGACAUGUUGAGCUGAGAGCUUCGGGGGAUCGCUCGAGUCCCCCCCUCCCCGCCCCCCAAAACCCCAAGUCUGGGGGGACCUCCAGCCACCCACAGCCCCCUCCCCACUUGACCUGUUCACUGUGCAUCGGCGCACACCCCCCUUCCCCUGUCCUCCCCCCUCCCCAUCUUCUAUUUUUGAUCCUUUGGCUCCUGCUGCUGCCGUUUCUGCUUUAUGGAGGUCUCUAUGUGUAUUUCCCCCCUCUGCCUCCCUCCUCGAUGAAUUGAAGGAGAGAUGCAGGAGGCUUUUGGCCGCUUCGGCUGUACGGAGAGACACAGGCUCAAGAUGGCAGAUUUCUAUUGAGUUUAAGGGGGGGGGGACCUGAAAUCCUGCUUCGUUUUUCUUUCGUUGCCAUGAAUAACAGACAUCCUUGCACCGAUGGCCCCAAUGUACGAAGGUAUGGCCUCCCAUGUGCAAGUUUUCUCCCCUCACACCCUUCAAUCAAGUGCCUUCUGUAGCGUGAAGAAACUGAAAGUGGAACCAAGUUCUAACUGGGAUAUGACUGGGUACGGCACACAUAGCAAAGUCUACAGUCAGAGCAAGAACGUGCAAUCCUCUCAAGCAGCUGCCGCCAUCAACGCCUCUCUCCAGAUCCCGAACCCCAGCAUCCCUUACGAGCAGACCAUCAUCUUCCCUGCCAGCACGGGGCACAUUGUGGUGACAUCCGCCAGCAGCACCUCCGGUGUGGUUGCAGUCUCUGGGCAAGCCUUGGGUGGACCGCACAACCUGAUGCGUCGAAGCACUGUGAGCCUUUUGGACACCUACCAAAAAUGUGGACUUAAGCGCAAGAGCGAGGAAAUCGAGAACACAAGCAGCGUUCAGAUUAUCGAAGAGCAUCCACCAAUGAUUCAGAACAAUGCCAGUGGGGCCACGGUAGCCACCACCACCACGUCCACUGCCACAUCCAAAAACAGUGGCUCCAACAGUGAAGGGGAUUACCAACUAGUGCAACAUGAAGUGCUGUGUUCCAUGACCAACACGUACGAAGUAUUAGAAUUCCUUGGCCGGGGAACCUUUGGGCAAGUGGUCAAAUGCUGGAAACGUGGCACCAAUGAGAUUGUGGCCAUCAAGAUCCUUAAAAACCAUCCUUCUUAUGCCCGGCAAGGUCAAAUUGAAGUGAGCAUCCUGGCCCGGUUAAGCACUGAAAGCGCAGAUGAUUACAACUUUGUCCGCGCCUACGAAUGCUUCCAGCACAAGAACCACACUUGCCUGGUCUUUGAGAUGUUGGAACAGAACCUCUAUGAUUUCCUAAAGCAAAACAAGUUCAGCCCAUUGCCCCUUAAGUACAUUCGGCCAAUCCUGCAGCAGGUAGCCACAGCCCUAAUGAAAUUGAAAAGUCUGGGCUUGAUUCAUGCAGACCUCAAGCCAGAAAACAUCAUGUUGGUGGAUCCGUCUCGACAGCCGUAUAGGGUCAAGGUCAUAGACUUUGGUUCUGCUAGCCAUGUGUCGAAGGCUGUGUGCUCUACGUACCUUCAGUCCAGAUACUACAGAGCCCCUGAAAUCAUCCUUGGUUUACCUUUCUGCGAAGCAAUUGACAUGUGGUCUCUGGGAUGCGUCAUUGCAGAACUUUUCUUGGGCUGGCCUUUAUAUCCGGGAGCUUCAGAGUAUGAUCAGAUCCGAUAUAUUUCACAGACGCAGGGUUUGCCAGCUGAGUAUUUGUUAAGUGCAGGGACGAAAACAACAAGGUUUUUCAACAGGGAUACAGAUUCGCCAUACCCACUGUGGAGGCUAAAGACACCAGAUGAUCAUGAGGCAGAGACGGGGAUCAAGUCAAAAGAAGCAAGAAAGUAUAUUUUCAACUGUUUGGAUGAUAUGGCACAGGUGAAUAUGACAACAGACUUGGAAGGAAGUGAUAUGUUGGUGGAAAAGGCAGACCGGCGGGAGUUUAUAGAUCUGUUAAAGAAGAUGUUGACGAUAGACGCAGAUAAGAGGAUAACGCCGAUCGAAACACUCAACCACCCGUUUGUCACCAUGACGCACUUGCUUGAUUUCCCCCAUAGCACUCAUGUCAAAUCCUGUUUCCAAAACAUGGAGAUUUGCAAGCGACGGGUGAACAUGUAUGACACAGUGAAUCAGAGCAAGACACCUUUCAUCACCCACGUGGCCCCAAGCACAUCCACCAACCUAACCAUGACCUUCAACAACCAGCUCAAUACGGUCCAUAACCAGGCCACCACCCUGGCUCCCACCUCCACCACCAGUGCCACUAUUUCCUUAGCCAACCCUGAGGUCUCCAUACUAAACUACCAAUCUGCACUCUACCAGCCCUCGGCAGCCUCCAUGGCCGCGGUGGCCCAGAGGAGCGUCCCCCUGCAGACAGGAACGGCGCAGAUAUGUGCUCGUCCUGACCCCUUCCAGCAAGCCCUCAUCGUGUGUCCUCCAGGAUUUCAAGGAUUGCAGACCUCCCCUUCGAAGCACGCUGGGUAUUCUGUCCGGAUGGAGAAUGCUGUCCCAAUAGUCACUCAGGCCCCAGGGGCUCAGCCCCUUCAGAUCCAACCAGGACUCUUAGCACAGCAAGCUUGGCCUAGCGGUACUCAGCAAAUCCUGCUCCCUCCAGCGUGGCAGCAACUGACUGGCGUAGCCGCCCACACAUCGGUUCAGCAUGCAACAGUCAUCCCGGAGACCAUGGCUGGGACCCAGCCGCUGGCGGAUUGGAGAAAUACUCACGCUCAUGGCAGCCAUUACAAUCCCAUCAUGCAACAGCCUGCACUUUUAGCUAGUCACGUCACUCUUCCAGCAGCCCAGCCCUUAAAUGUGGGUGUAGCUCAUGUCAUGAGACAACAACCAACCAGCACCACUUCCUCAAGGAAGAAUAAACAGCACCAGUCCUCAACGAGAAAUAUGUCCAACUUUGAAGUGUCCUCCUCUCAGACGAUCAGCUCUCCACAGCGGUCUAAGCGAGUAAAGGAGAACACCCCCCCUCGCUGCGCCAUGGUGCAUAACAGCCCUGCCUGCAGCACCUCUGUCACGUGUGGGUGGGGCGAUGGGGCUUCCAGCACCACGCGGGAGCGGCAGCGACAGACGAUAGUCAUUCCUGACACGCCCAGCCCUGCCGUCAGUGUCAUCACUAUCAGCAGUGACACGGAUGAGGAGGAGGAGCAGAAACACGCGCCCACCAGCCCCCUGUCUAAGCAAAGGAAAAACGUCAUCAGCUGCGUCACUGUGCAUGAUUCGCCCUACUCUGACUCCUCCGGCAACAACAGUCCCUAUGCUGUGCAGCACCGCGGAAACAACAACAAUGGAAACAGCUAUGAUACGAAGGGAGCACUGGAAACGCAUUGCAAUGGCAAUCCCAGGACGAUCAUCGUACCUCCCCUGAAAACCCAGGCCAGCGAGGUGUUAGUAGAAUGCGAUAGCCUGGUACCAGUCACCACCAGUCACCACUCAUCAUCCUACAAGUCGAAGUCCUCCAGCAUCGUGACCUCCACCAGCGGUCACUCUUCAGGGAGCUCGUCUGGAGCCAUUGCCUACAGGCAGCAGCGGCCAGGACCACAGUUCCAGCAGCAGCAGCCUCUUAAUCUCAGCCAGGCCCAGCAGCACAUCACGACGGAUCGCACAGGGAGUCAUCGGCGACAGCAAGCCUACAUCACUCCGACAAUUGCUCAGGCGCCCUAUUCCUUCCCACACAACAGCCCCAGCCAUGGCACGGUCCAUCCUCACCUGGCUGCGGCCGCCGCUGCUCACCUCCCCACUCAACCUCAUCUCUACACGUACACUGCGCCUGCCGCUCUGGGUUCCACAGGCACCGUCGCCCAUUUGGUGGCUUCCCAAGGUUCGGCUCGUCAUGCUGUACAACACACUACAUACCCAGCCAGCAUCGUCCACCAAGUCCCGGUCAGCAUGGGCCCUCGUGUCCUCCCAUCACCCACCAUCCACCCGAGUCAAUAUCAGGCUCAGUUUGCCCACCAGACCUAUAUCAGUGCGUCUCCAGCCUCAGUCUACACUGGAUAUCCCCUGAGCCCCGCUAAGGUCAACCAGUACCCUUACAUCUAAACACUGGAAUGAGAAAGAGACACGGCACACGUGGAGGGGAACGAGGCUGCUUUUAUACUGAAGAACAUUUCAGGCAAAGGAACAAUGCAAUGGGAGACUCAAACAAAACUUGAACAAAGGAGACUUUUGAGGAAGAAAGGAGAGAAAAGGCGAUACCAGUCCUACACUUUUUAUUUAAAAAAAUAUAUAAGAAAAAAAAAGAAUAAAAAGAAUGAAAAACAAACAUACAAAAAAACAACAACAUUCUGCACCAAACCACAUAGUGGUAGAAACAAAAGGACCAUCGUUGUCUGGUCCUGUUUUUGGAUAACUUCACCAAUAGACUUUUACAGAUUAUUUUCAUCUGAUUACAGGAGACUACAUUUAGGAAUUUGCUGUUCAAACCUCCUAAUACAAAGUUUCAUACGUGUUUAGGUAUAUUUUUUUUAAAAUCAAACCAAGAUGCAUACAAAUUAGGGAUUUAUCCAGAAUUUCAAAAGGGUUAUCGCUUUGUCAUUGCACUGGUCGCUGUAACCCAAAAUAAAAAAAAGACAAUAAAAAGUGUGAUGUGUUUUCUGUUGGGAGGAUCAACAGAGGAACCAGCCAAGGAUGAGGGGAGUUUUGGAUUUUUCCAGCUCUCUCAAUCUCAGGCUUAGCAGUACCAGUAGGUGGAGGGGGGGGGGGCAGGGAACACACACACUAAGCAGAAAACACGAUCUGGUGGAAUUGGGCGGGGGGGAAUGGGGAUAUUUGUUUUUACUCUGAGCACCCUGGAUAAAUCCCUGAGAAAUGUUAUUCUUAAAAGAAACGUCUUUAAUAAUGAACAAUAGAAUCUCAUCUUCCUUACUUGGAAAUACUUUUCUUUCUUUCUUUCUUUUUUUGGAUAACCCUUCACAUUUGGCAGCCCAAUCCUAACAUUCCCCUGCUCCAGCAGAUAAAUGCUUAUGGUGGGCUGUGCGGAUUGCCAAUUCAUCGCGGUGUCACAAAGCGUGACAUCAAGCUAACAUCGCCGUGACAUCUCACCGGUGUCAUGAGCAGGUACACAAUCCUAAAUGUUUAGGAUUGGGCUGUUAGUGUAGGAGUAGAGGUUCUAGCUGGCCCUUGGUAGAAUGUAGCACUAUACCAUACAUACACCCUUUUUUCUACUUUGUGUUAAACUCCAGUGAUACCAAUAGAACUAUUCCUCAAUGUGAUUGCACAAAAAAGUGAUAUAACAUAGGCAUGUAACAAAUGUGAUUGUCCAGGUAUAUAUGUGUGUGUGAGUGUGUGUGUGUGUGUGCGCAUGUGCGCGCUGAUGCUGCCUUCUCUUGUGGUGUGGUCCUCAGCACAGCCAUUACAAACUGUCACAGUCUUAGUUUUACAUCAUUCCCUUGUAGUGCCUUACCAAACUCCAGUUGCGGUUUUAAGGGUUUACUUCCACUGGUACUCCUAGAAACUGACUGAGGCUGGUUGGAAUUUAAUCUCAGCUCUUUUUCUUCUUUUUAGUGUUCUUUAUUGUUGCUUUCCUUCUUCUAUACCUUUUGUUUUGAUAUUGUCUUUCUUGGGUAAGUUGCAAGGGUCAAGGGUGGGGCUGUGGGAAUUUGGCUGGAAUGUAAAAAUAAAUUAAAAAAUGGGCAGGCCUAGGAAGGUUUUAUGGGAAUUGAAGUGACUGGACUGGUUGUUCGGCCCUAAAGCAGCUUUCCAAGUGGUUCCAUUUUGUUGAUGGGGUUAUUGAUUGAAUUUUCUAUCCGGAUGUUUAGCUUCCCCCAUAAUUCUUUGCAGUUUAGUAUUCUUACUAAAGUAUAAAUAGAACGGGGUGGGGGCUCCUAGGCUGGCUUCGUAGUACCUCAAACGUAGGUACUACAUACAUAGUACCUCAUGUUAAAUUGUUAUGUCUGAAGUGGGGGUGGGGAGUUGAUUACAUGGGAAGGACUCUAUAUAUUUUCACUUGAAUGCUUUCAGUGGGAAAAAAAAUAUGAGAAUGAGAGGAAUUCUUUCUAGAGCAUCAGACUCAGGUUUGCUCCAGAAGUUAUUUUUCUGGAGAAGAGAUUGCACUGGCACCUGAGCAGGUUGGGCCGUUGAAUAAGGCCCCGGCACUACCUCGGGCUGGGCUAUGCUAUCUUCACAGGAGGCCUAGGCCCAAUUCCCAGAAGUAGGGGCUUAAUCCCUUUUAGGUGGUAUGUGCUGAAGCUCCAUCAUCUAUGAAAUCGCGGAGCUAGACCUGACUUGGAGACACCGUGGUGAUAGCCAUCAUGGUUUAGAAUCUAAACUUUAAAUGGUGUUUUCUUCACUUCCUCCCACCUCAUUCUUCCUGUGUUUUUUUUUUUUUAAAAAUGUUCAGAUUUGCUGGCUGGAUUGUGUAUCCUCAGCUCCAAACAGUCUGAACUACCUUGUUUAAAAAUAAUAAUAAAUAAAGGUUUCCAAAGAGAAGCUUUUCUACAGUGAAAAAAGUCAAAGGGUCGAGGGAAAUUCUACCGCUAUAAUGCAAGUGGGUGUUUCUUCUAUGUCAGUGCUUAGUAUUUCCCCCCUGUGGAGCUUUACUUGUAUUGGUGGUCUGAGACUUGUGGUAAAACAGGAUGAAUGCCUGCAUAGCAUCUUGGUACCACUACAGCUGUAUUUGUGACUUCAGAAAAGGAGUGUUUAGGCAAUAUGGUAAGAUGUUGGGAUAAGGCAGGUCAGUUAGCUGAGAGAAGAGGGAGGGGUCCCAGGGAUGGUUAAGGCGAAAAGGUUUCUCAAGAGGUAAGUUGGCAAGAAAGACAAGCACAGUUGUAAGAUCCGGAAACGGGCGCGCAUGCUUCGCCUGGAGGAAAGAAAGGCUCUCAUCAUGAAUACUUUGUUGGACACAAGUUAUUCUUCUGAGGCAAACUCUCAAACAAACCCUUUCUUUUUGCCAUUUUCAAACUGAGUGCCAUGUUACAUUUUUAUUUUUCUCCCUUUGUCCCCCUAAGCAUAGUAAUGCAAAUACCAGCUUGAUCUUUCAUUGGUUCAUGCACCUUACAUCUUCUUGUUAUGAAGAAAACCCUUUCCAGUUGCUAUCCCGGUAAAAAAAAUCCUCUGCUUUAUCAGUGUACUGCAUUCCUCUCCCGUCUCAUCACAUUUGGAAUGGAAGCUUCAUGCUGCUUGUGUCAUUGACAGGAAGGAUAUUGUUUUGUUAUUAUUGUAUUAUUAAUUUUAAUAUGUUAUAAUUAUAUUUUAUUCUUUGUUUUAAUUGCACAUGCAUUCCUGCAUCUUUGUAUUAUUAUUAUUUUCUCUUAAUACGGUAUUGGUUGUUAAUUAAGUAGUUUUUUUCUGUGUCAGUGAUAUCAGAAAGCUUGUCACAUAGGUAGGUUUUGCAGGGAAAGGGAGACAGAGGGACACUCUGGUUAGGAGAGGAACCAAGGUGUAGGCCCACUUGAGAUGUAAUGGCAAAUCAUGGCUUCCUGCUAUAUGAAUGAACUAUAGUGAGCCUCAGGCUCGGAUGCUGUACUCUAGUCUUUCACAUGAGCAAGGAAAGGAUCGGAAGCAUUCACUUCCGGUUUUAAACGAGCCACAAUUCUCCGUGAUGUCCAAACUCAGGAAACUGUGGUUUGUUCACUACUGUUACUGAGAUCGUCAGGAUCUGAAACUAUGGUUUGACCAUAGUUUCAGAUCCUGACUUGAAACUAUAGCAUUGAGCAUUGAGCAUUGAGCAUAGCAUUGAGCAGGGGGUUGGACUCGAUGGCCUUGUAGGCCCCUUCCAACUCUGCUAUUCUAUGAUUCUAUGACCCUAGUUUGUUCUUUCCAAUGAUAGUUUAAACAAACCACAGUUCUCCAAGUUUAAAUAUUAUGAGGCACUCUGGUUACUUUAAAACCAGAAACAGAUGCUUCCCGUCUCCUCUGGUACGCGAAAGAGCUGCAGAGGGGAAGGAGAAGUAUGUGAGCCCAAGACUUGCUGUGGCUUUUUAACAUAGGAAAUCAUGGCUUCCUAUUAGAUCUGAACUGUGCCAUAUUACGGCGAUUAUACAAUGACACAGUUUCUGGAUACCUUUACAUGGUAUCUUCACAUUGGCAGAAGUGUGCUCUUUUAGGCAAAACCCAAACAACUACUGGAUUCAGAACUGGAUUCAAGAAGGAUACUAGGAUCAUGGAGACACUUUAAUCUCACAUUGUCUGAUCAGUUGCUGUGAUAUCAAAAUAAAUUAAUAGGCCAAACCCACAACCCUUUAUUACAGAGUUGAAGGUGUCCUGUAAUAAACUAGUUAUGUUUCCCACUUUAAAAGCCCAGUGGCAGCUGGGAGGAAGGCUCUGUCGUCCUAGAGCCAGCUGAAGAGAAGCCAUGGUCCAAUGACUCAAGAUGUUGACUAGGUAAAAACUGAAGAACUCCAGAAUUCAAGAUAAGACAUGGUAUGUUCUGCCCCUUAAUGUUCAAAAUUAAAGGCUUAAUCAUAUGGCCAAAAUAGUUUGCAUUUCCUCCUUCUCAAAGUAUUUUUUUCUUAUAAUUAAUACUUGUGAAUAUUUUUGCUCAUUGUACAAAAUGAUGAUAUUCUCUUUUUAAGUAAAAAGUCAUUCUAUUCUUAUUUUUAACUACAAAACUUAAGAGUGUUGAUUGUCUUCUACAGCAUGUUAUCUGGCAGAGCAUGUUCUUAAGGUGCAGCAUCUUGGCAUAUUUGAUGAAUUACUAUUUAUUGGUCUACCAGGAAUGUAUGUGAUUGGCUGAUUUGUGGCAAGAAAGGAACGAAGAGCUCGUUUUAAUUACGCACUCUGAAAUGUUUUAUUUAUAUAUUUUACCUCUCUGUCAUUUUCAUUAUAGAAUGAUUUCAAUAAUAUAGGAACAGGACACCUAAGGGCUUUUGAUGUAGAGGCGAAAAAAUUCAUAGUGCAGGAAGAGUUUCUCCCACCACCACACACCUGGGUUGAAAAAGAAUUGUACUCUUGACAGAAUAGUUAGAGGGUGGAUUAGUUAUAGAGGUGAGAAUGAGGUGAGGAGGUAGUUGGCCUCCACAGAUGUUGAUGGACUGCAAUUCCCAACUGAUCUAGCCAGCAUAAUCAGUGGUGAGGACUGAUGGAAUUUUCAGUCCUGCAACAUCUGGAGGUCCACAUGUUCCCCAUCCCUGUGCUAUACCAACAGGAGAAUUAUGGGUUUCUUCUAGACAAGGAGAUGUUUUAUUGAAUAUAGUAAACUACUGCAGUGAUUUUUAGGAACAAAGCAGUGAAGACAAUCCUUAAUUGUACCUAGCUUAGCUUUCCCCCAACCUGGCACUCUCCAUAUACAGUAUGUUUGACUACAACUCCCAGCCAGCAUGUAUCUAGUGGUCAAGGAUAAUGGGAGUUGUAGCGCAAAACAUCUGGAGGGCACCCAAUUGGGGAAGCCUACAUUAGAUUAAUCACUUUCUGAUGUACUGUGUUGUUAAGAGGCAGAGAGCCUUAUCCAGGUCUGGCCCUACCAUUAGGCAGAGUGAAGCGCUCGCCUUAGGCGUCAGAUGCUGAGAGGUGGGGAAUAGCAAUGAGGUGUUGGGCGACAGAGCUGUGUAUACUACUUGGCCUCCCCUGUGUCCCCUAAGCUAGCUUGAGGCCCUCAGGAGCGAUGAAGGACACUAUUGAUUGCCAGUGCUGAAGUAAGAUUUAACUGCGAUUCCAGUCCAUUUGGUUUCUGUACAUGGAAUGGGGGGCACCAUUUUGUCAUUUGUUUCAGGCAGCAAAAUAUUUUGGGGAAGGGUUGGCUGUAUCCAAUGUUUCACAUGCACCAGCGGGACCUACCACUAGCUAGCGCUUCCUAAAGUAACCAGAAACAAGCCAAGUUUCCGAAACGGGUCAGCAGAGCUCUACUGACGUGUCCUGUUCCAGAAAGUAGCAUUUUGACUUGUUUCUGGGGUUGUUCCAGGAAGUGCUAACUCCCUGUUGUACUGACAGUGGUUCCCGCUGGUGCAUCAUAAUCAGCAAAGGCACACAGGCAGCAUUGGAUACUGCCCAGAAAUUAGGCUGGGAAUUAGGUAAAGAGUGAUUUGUCCAAUGAGAAUGAUUUCUCUAAUGAGCCUUUCCCCAACGUGGUUCCCCCCAGAUGUAUUGGACAACAACUCCUAUCAUCCCUGAGCACUGGUCACACACUAGCUGGUGAUGAUGGGCUUUGUAGUCAUAUGGUGCUAGGUCAGGGAAAGCUGGCCUACAACCUGAAUUGGAGGGAAAUGAUAUUGCUAUGUUUGUUUUGUUUUGACAUAACCUUUGGAGUUCUUUGUGAGUCUGUGGGGAAAGCUGCUUAAAAUCUGUGAAAGGAUGUGACAAUUUAGCUGUAGCAUAGCUGCGCACCCACAAGGAAAUUCAGGCUGCAAUCCCAUCCGCACUUACUUGGGAAUCAGUCCCAUUGAACAUCAUCUGCUUUUUUGUCUUGGUAGGCGUCAAUACGACUGCACUGUGAAGCUGCUGUAGGAUUUUUGAGAAAGAAUAUACACACAGUGGCCCCAUUCUGAAGACAUCUUAAACCAUGACUUUAACCAUGGCGGUUAAGCCAGAAAGCCAGGCUAUGUUCAGAAGACACUUUAAACCAUGGCUUUAACCAUGGUGAAUAAGGCAAAAAGCCUUAUUCACCGUGGUUAAAUCUGUGGUUUAAGGUGUCUUCUGAACAUGGCCUGGCUUUCUGGCUUAACCACCAUGGUUAAAGUCAUGGUUCAAGGUAUCUUCUGAAUGGGGCCAGUAAAAUGUUUAGCCCUUUCUCUGACCAGAGCAGUUUCCUUAUGUAGGAAGGAGAAAGAGAUGAUUAGACACACCAUUUUUAUUUCCUUGUGGUUCCUGACAAUUUGUACUACCAAUAUUGAUUCCAAAUUAUAUGCAGUGAAGGAGCCACUUAACAAAUGGAAACCAUGCAGAAGACCUGGAUCUACUCCCUUCCCUGCCCCCCGACAGUGCUUAUCAACAAAAUGCCAUUGUUUUGAAGGAGUAAUUCCAGUUUCAGUGAACCUGACCCUGCAGCCAGCAAAAUUUAAUAUUUUUCCUCCCAACCCCAACUUAGUAGCUCUGUCACAAAACAGCCCAACAAAAUAAUACUGUCUCCCCUUGUUUCCUUCCAUGCGUUUUUAAGGGAGUAUGCCUCAGAGUUUGGCUUGCAAAGAAAUUUGAAUUCACCAAAUUUGAAGGGAAAUUAAAACCCAUGUCUUUCUUUAACCAAAGAAUUUUUUUUUAAA